AGCUCCCGACCGAAUCUCUCUCUCUCUCUCUCUCUCCCGUUUCCAUCUCCGGCGGCGGCGGCGGCGAGGACUGCUAGGCUGCGCUCCCCACCGCAGGCGGCCAUGGCGGAGGAGCUACGCGCGCUGCUACGCGAUCUGGACGCGCUGAAGCAGCGCCCCGACCCCGCCGCCAUCGAUCGGAUGCGAGAGCGCGUGGCGGCGAUGGUGAGCCCACCCGGCGCUGCUGCUGCUGCGCGUUCCAAGAUCAAGGACAUGAGCUCCGAGGUGGUGGACAGCAAUCCCUACAGCAGGCUCAUGGCGCUUCAGCGGAUGGGGAUCGUCGAUAACUACGAGCGCAUCCGUGAUUACUCCGUCGCCAUCGUUGGUAUAGGUGGCGUUGGUAGUGUUGCUGCUGAGAUGCUUACUAGAUGUGGCAUUGGUCGCCUUUUGUUGUAUGACUACGAUACAGUUGAGUUGGCCAACAUGAAUAGGCUGUUCUUUCGCCCAGACCAGGUUGGAAUGACCAAGACAGAUGCUGCCGUGCAGACACUAUCUGGAAUAAAUCCUGAUGUUACGUUGGAGAGCUAUUCAUUGAAUAUUACUACAGUGAAAGGAUUUGAAACAUUUUUAGGAAGUCUCAAAGCCAGAAGCUCUGAUGGGCGUAACACUGGAGUUGAUCUUGUUUUGAGUUGCGUUGAUAACUAUGAAGCUCGUAUGGUUGUAAACCAGGCAUGCAAUGAGCUUUGCCAGACCUGGAUGGAGUCUGGUGUCUCCGAAGAUGCUGUUUCUGGUCAUAUACAAUUGCUGGUUCCUGGUGAAACAGCAUGUUUUGCAUGUGCUCCUCCAUUGGUUGUGGCAUCUGGGGUGGACGAGCGCACACUAAAGCGAGAAGGUGUUUGUGCUGCCUCUUUGCCGACUACAAUGGGUGUUGUUGCUGGUCUCCUUGUCCAGAAUGCUCUGAAAUAUUUGUUGAAGUUUGGACAAGUUUCCCCUUAUUUGGGAUAUAAUUCACUUAAGGAUUACUUCCCAACAAUGGAAAUGAAACCAAAUCCACAGUGUUCCAAUCCAGCAUGUGUUCAGAGACAGAAAGAGUAUAUGCAAUCAAAACCUGCUAGAGAUGCAGCAGCAAAAGCUAAGAUGGAAGCUGAAGCAGCAGCAGUAGCAGAUGAAUGUCCAGUCCAUCUAGAUAAUGAUUGGAAUAUUAGUGUUGUCGAUGACAGUGACACAGCAACAGCGAGUAUCCUAAGCACUGGAGCAGAUAGCCUCCCAGAAGGUCUUGUCCGUGAACUUCCAACUGCAGAUUCCUACCAAGAACCGGUUGUUCCAGUUACAUCUGGGGCUAUUGAUGACGAUCUUGACCUUGAGGAGCUCCAACGCCAACUUGAUGCCCUAAACUCGUCUUAACGUUGUGAAAAAUGUGGAUCAUCAUCAUUAACUUGGUUUCUCCCGAAAAGUCAAUACUGGGUUAGAAACCAAGCCAGGUUCUGCUGUCUGUGUUUACUCUGACAGAGUUACCCAUUUCACUGGAUAUAGCUUCUGUCCAUACCAAAGAAGUUGAAGGGUGUUAAUUUAGUUACCUGUACUGUUUUGAAUUUUGGUGUACAAUUUUGCAUGAGUUGAUGUAGAUUUAUGAGGCUGAAAUUCACUGUUAACUAAUGUGGAAUUUUGUUAAUUACCGAUAAGAAUUCA